GUUCAUCAUUUAUGAUGCAAAUUAUAACAAACGCUAUGCUAUGGGUGGAUAUAUUUUUCCUGUUAUCGGGAUUCCUGUGUGCGUACAGUGUUUUACGUGAAGUCAAACAAACAUCUGUUCGUAAAUAUGCCGGAAAUAUCUUAUGGAAAAUAAUUCAUCGCUAUAUUAGACUCACGCCAUCAUUGAUGGCAAUGAUCGGAUUUUCCAUAAUAUUGGAAGUGAUGUCUUCGGGUCCGCAUUGGUAUCAAUACAUAGAUUUAUCUCAACAAUCGUGUCAUAAGAAGUGGUGGAUUAAUAUACUUUAUGUAACAAAUAUACCGUCUGUUUAUACAUCACUUACAGAAAUAUGUUUGGUUCAUACGUGGUAUUUGUCAGCCGAUAUGCAAAUGUUUAUAGUGUCACCCAUUUUUAUAAUACUAUUGACGUGCAAUGAUAUUAGAAAACAAUAUUUAGGUAUAGCAAUAAAUAUAGUUGUAAUAUUAGCAUCAUGGACAAUUAUUGCUAUAAAUUUGGUUAACAAUCAUGCUAUUGGCAUAAAUGUGGUCAUUAUUUACUCAACAUAUUUCUGGUUUUUGGGUUAUAGUUAUCACAACUUUGGUAGUGUAUUGUAUGGUACUAUUCAUCGUACCGUUUGGUCAAUUUGUUGGUCAUAUAUACUAUAUGCCUGUGCCAGUGGACGGGGAGGUAUUAUCAAUCGGAUACUCUCGUGGUCAGCAUUGGUGCCGUUAAGUCGACUGUCUUUUCAAAUUUAUUUGUUUCAUUUUGUUUUAGUAUUAGCAAUAAAAGCAGCUCUACGUCAACCAUUAUAUUUUAAUUCUUUAACAAUGGUAAUGUUGUAUUUUUCAAUAACUGUGUUGAGUUUAUUUGUCAGUUUCUUGGCUUAUGUAAUGUUUGAAAUACCAAUCGCUAAAAUCGAGAAUAUUAUUAAAAAGAAAUAA